CGUGUGUAAGCCCCUCAUUAUUAAUGCGACUUGGCCGCGCCUCAGGCAGACGCGAGGCACCUGAUUUUGCCGAAGCACGCGAUAAUAAGAGCGACAUUCUGACCGUAUAGAGCUUAGCGCAAUGUACACUCAUAGCAGCCGGGCAAGGCUCAGAAGUUGCAACUCCACGAUUGGCAAACCUGAUCCUGCUUCUUCAAGACUUUGGCCGUCACCAUGCCUCGACCGCAGCAGUGGGGCGACGAUUCCGACGAAUCCGCCACGGAAUCGGACUUUGUGAAGCGAGCCUUCGAUGAGAUCUUGAAGAGGCUGGAAAGGUCCGAGUUCUCCCUCGACGAUGCCGGGGCAAAGGUCUUCCGGAAAGACUACAGCAGCGUCCUAAGACGCAAGGUCGAAGAGGAUGAUCGCAACCUGUUGCACACUUUAGCCGCAGCUCCAAUCCACAAAGAUUCCCACAAAUGGUUGAUGCAGCUACUGAUCAAAGAGCAGCCCCAGCUCUUGAAGGCGAGGGAUGGGCACAAGAAGACGCCCCUCUACAUCGCCAUCACGCGCAAGAAAAAGGCGACAGCUGUGGUCAAGACAAUAUGGGAAAUGCUGCAGACGAAUGAGGUCGGCGAGGACGACUUUGACAGAUUGCUGGCAAUGAGAUUCGAGGACGACCAGAACUGCAUCCAUGCCGCCAUCCUCAAGGGGCUGCACCCAGGGGCGAUCAUAAGUCUCGUCGAGGCUUCCAGCGAGGGCACUCUGUGCGCCCAGGACACCAAGGGGCGCACUCCUCUGCAUCUUGCAGUCGACUAUUCACGCUGUACGCCGGAGCAGCUAGAGAUCGUCAAGACGCUCAUUUCCAGAGGGGACAAGGCAUUGGACAAAUUCACCGCGGAGCCGGAUUGUUACUCCGUGUUUGAGUAUCACAACUACACCCGCUUGUUAGUAGCUCCGGGAACGGGGACGCGGCCCGACAACACUCAGAGGCAUCGCCAGUGGCCGGACGGGUAGCGCUGCUGCCCCCCGGCGGAGACCUGCGUGUCGCAGG